GACGUCACAGCAGAAAGAGGAAAGGGUAGACAAGCAGACGAAAAUCGUAGCAUUUCAGUUUAGUAGUAACGUGCAUGUGGCGUGACUGCUUCAUUCUGAAUAGUGGCACAGAGCAGAUAGCCGCUUAUUUCUCGGAAUACCAUGGCACGAAGAGGUUUACAGAUUACAAAAGAAACUAGCCAGUCAUGUGCACUGAAUGGAGAAGUUCAAGAUGAGCAAACAGAAGACGCAUGCCAUGAAAAUUCCAUUGAAGAGAAAAAACAAAAAGGACAUUUUCUUUUUACCGAGUCCAGUCCAGCUGCAACGGAGAAUUGCAAUUCUCAUUCCAGUGAAAAAAUUAAAUUUAUUGUGUCGGAAGAAGAUGAUGAAUUUGCGGAUGUAGUUGAAGAAUCAGUUUCUGGAUUCCAAAUUAAAGAUGCCUUGAACAUCAACAAGUCUAAUCAGCAAAGUACCCACAUAAGGCAGUCUAUGUCAGGGGCCCAUCUCCUUCAACUGGAAAAAGAUCAAACACAAUUUGAAGGAAGGGACUUGACGAUAGCUACUCCUGAAGAAUUUGUUCGACGGUUUGGUGGAAGUCACGUUAUCAAUAAAGUACUAAUUGCAAAUAACGGUAUUGCUGCUGUUAAGUGCAUGCGUUCAAUUCGAAGAUGGGCUUAUGAAAUGUUUAGAAAUGAAAGAGCAAUACGCUUUGUUGUUAUGGUGACACCUGAAGAUCUGAAAGCUAAUGCUGAAUACAUCAAACUUGCUGAUCAUUAUGUUCCUGUUCCUGGUGGAACAAACAAUAACAACUAUGCCAAUGUUGAAUUGAUAUUGGAUAUUGCAAAAAGAAUGAAUGUGCAGGUUGUUUGGGCUGGUUGGGGUCAUGCGUCAGAGAAUCCAAAAUUGCCAGAACUUCUUAAUAAAAAUGGAAUAGCAUUUAUGGGUCCUCCAGAAAAGGCUAUGUGGUCUCUUGGGGACAAAAUAGCAUCUUCCAUAGUAGCUCAAACUGCAGGUAUUCCUACAUUACCAUGGAGUGGCUCUGGGCUCAUAGCUGAGUGGAACAAUGUUAAUAAUAAAAUAAAGAUACGUCCUGAAUUGUACAAAAAAGGAUGUGUGUCAGAUGUCGACGAGGGACUGAAGAUAGCUCAAGAAAUAGGAUUUCCUGUAAUGAUUAAAGCAUCUGAAGGGGGAGGUGGCAAAGGCAUAAGAAAAGCAGUUAGCAUAGAUGAUUUUCCGACUCAGUUUCGUCAAGUCCAAACUGAGGUUCCAGGGUCACCUGUUUUUAUUAUGAAAAUGGCAACUUGUGCUCGGCAUUUAGAAGUGCAGUUAGUUGCUGAUUCGUAUGGUAAUGCCUUGUCAUUGUUUGGAAGAGACUGUUCCAUACAAAGGCGACAUCAGAAGAUUAUUGAAGAAGCUCCUUGUGUUAUAGCUAAACCUAAUGUUUUUGAGCAAAUGGAAAAGGCAGCUGUACGUUUAGCAAAGAUGGUAGGCUACGUUAGUACUGGUACUGUGGAGUACCUUUAUGAAGAUGAUGGAAGUUUUUACUUUUUAGAGCUAAAUCCAAGGUUACAGGUUGAGCAUCCGUGUACAGAAAUGGUUGCUGAUGUAAAUCUCCCAGCUUGUCAACUGCAGAUAGCUAUGGGUAUACCUUUGCAUAGGAUAAAAGAUAUAAGAAUGCUAUACAAAGAAAAUCCGUGGAGUGAUUCUCCCAUUGAUUUUGAUAAUCCACCACAUAAACCUCGUCCGUGGGGACAUGUAAUUGCAGCUCGAAUUACUAGUGAGAAUCCCGAUGAAGGAUUUAAGCCAAGUGCUGGAACUGUUCAAGAACUAAAUUUCAGAAGUAAUAAAAAUGUUUGGGGUUAUUUUAGUGUGACUGCUUCUGGUGGACUACAUGAAUUUGCUGAUUCACAGUUUGGACAUUGUUUCUCUUGGGGAGAAAAUCGAGAAGAAGCUCGUGAAAAUCUUGUUGUUGCACUUAAAGAGUUAUCUAUUAGAGGCGAUUUUAGAACUACUGUUGAAUAUUUGAUAACACUACUGGAGACUGAUGACUUUCAGAGGAAUAACAUAAAUACAAGUUGGCUUGACCAUUUAAUUGCUGAAAAAGUUAAGGCUGAGAAACCUGAUACAACACUUGCUGUGAUAUGUGGAUCAUUGCACGUUGCUGAUCGAACUAUUCUUGAUAACUUCCAUAAUUUUCAAACAUCUCUUGAGAAAGGUCAGAUAAUGCCAGCCAAUAUCCUGGGUAAUACUGUUGAUGUAGAUCUAAUUUAUGAUGGUAUAAAAUAUAAAGUUCAGGUUACAAAGUCUGGUCCCAGUCGCUACUUUUUGUCUAUGAAUAAUUCAUACAAGGAAAUUGAAGCGCAUAGAUUAAGUGAUGGAGGACUUCUUUUAUCAGUAGAUGGUGCAAGUUACACUACGUAUGUGAAAGAAGAGAUAGAUCAUUACAGAGUAGUGAUUGGGAAUCAAACAUGUGUGUUUGAAAAGGAAAACGAUCCAACAAUAUUAAGGUCACCUUCAACUGGUAAACUUAUCCAGUUCCUUGUUGAAGAUGGUGCUCAUGUUUAUCCUUCUCAGGCUUAUGCUGAAAUUGAAGUAAUGAAAAUGGUUAUGACUUUGACUAUAAGUGAAAGUGGUUGCAUUCACUUUGUGAAACGUCCUGGUGCAGUGUUAGAAGCGGGUACCAUUUUAGCUCGUUUAGAAUUGGAUGACCCAUCACAAAUGAAAAGAGCUCAGUUGUUUACUGGUGUAUUCCCAAAUGAUGAUUUUCCUAGCUGGCAUGGCGAUAAAUUAAAUCAAGUAUUUCAAGCUGCACGUCAAGAACUUGAAUAUAUACUGGCUGGUUACGCUUUACCUGAUCCAUACUUCACUCCUAAAAUGAUGCAAGCCGUUGAUACUUUUAUGAAAACAUUGCGGGAUCCUAGCCUGCCUCUUCUAGAACUUCAAGAAAUAAUAUCUUCAAUUUCUGGAAGAAUUCCUUCUAAUGUGGAAAAAAAUAUAAAGAAAUUGAUGUCUAUGUAUUCAAGUAACAUAACUUCUGUCUUAGCACAGUUUCCUAGCCAACAGAUAGCUAGUGUUAUUGACAGCUAUGCAGCCACUCUUCAGAAAAGAUCUGAUAGAGACGUGUUCUUUAUGACAACACAAGGUAUCGUUCAGUUAGUUCAAAGGUACAGAAAUGGUAUACGUGGCAGGAUGAAAGCUGUGGUACAAGAUCUUCUGCGUCAGUAUUUAUCUGUUGAAACAGAAUUUCAAAAUGGACAUUAUGACAAAUGUGUGGCAUUGCUAAGAGAGAAGCAUAAAGAUGAAAUGGCUACUGUGGUUGGAAAGAUAUUCUCUCAUUUACAAGUUAGCAAAAAGAAUCAGCUUAUAAUAAAACUCAUUGAUCAUCUGUGUGGACAUGAGCCUGGACUGACAGAUGAAUUAGCUGCAAUUUUAAAUGAUCUUACUACUCUAAAUAAAUCGGAAAACUCAAAAGUAGCUUUAAGAGCUCGUCAGGUUCUAAUUGCUGCUCAUCAGCCACCUUAUGAACUACGACAUAAUCAAAUGGAAUCAAUUUUUCUAUCAGCUAUUGACAUGUAUGGGCAUGAUUUCUGUCCUGAGAACCUUCAAAAACUUAUUAUGUCUGAAACUUCAAUUUUUGAUGUAUUACAAGAUUUCUUUUUCCACAGUAACGUUGUUGUUCGAAGAGCAGCUCUGGAGGUAUAUGUUAGAAGGGCUUAUAUUUCCUAUGAACUAACUUGUCUCAAGCACCUCAGUUUGUCAUCUGGAAUUUGUGCAGCUCUCUUCCAGUUUCUUCUACCUUCAUCUCAUCCAAACAGGGCAUUCCACUUCACAUCGUGUAAUAUGAAAAAUGAAGAUUCUUCUUCAGUUUCUAGUUGGGAUAUUAGAGAAGCAUUUGAAAAUUGUCAUCGUUUGGGACUUUUGGCAGCUUAUUCAAAUUUUGAUAUAUUUGAAAGGAAUUUUAAAGAGUUGAUUGAAGUUUUUGAGACUGCUGCAAAUGCUAAAAGACUAGAUGAUGUAUGUUCUAAUGAAGAAGAACGUGGUAACUUCACUGAGCCAAAUCAGCCUUCGCUUACCUAUUUUUUAAAUAUCCUGAAUGUAGCAAUUUUGAUGCAAAAUAUGGAUGAAGAUGCUCAUUAUAGCAAGAUGUUUUCUAAUUUUUGUCAAGCAAAUAAGCCACUCUUUCUGGAGAAGAAACUGCGCAGAAUUACAUUUAUUGUUUUGCAUAAGCAACAGUUUCCGAAGUAUUUCACUUACAGGGCAAGAGAUAAUUUUGAAGAAGACUGCAUUUAUAGGCAUUUAGAGCCAGCAUUAGCAUUUCAGCUAGAGAUUAACCGCUUACGGAAUUAUGAUUUAGAAGCUAUACCUACAGCAAAUCAAAAGAUGCAUUUAUAUUUAGGCAAAGCUAAGGUUGCAAAGGGACAAGAAGUGACUGAUUAUAGAUUUUUCAUCCGUUCCAUCAUCAGACAUUCAGACCUAGUGACAAAGGAAGCAUCUUAUGAAUAUUUGCAAAAUGAAGGAGAAAGAUUACUUUUGGAAGCAAUGGAUGAAUUAGAAGUUGCAUUUACUCAUCCACAGGCUAAAAGAACGGAUUGCAAUCAUAUUUUCUUAAAUUUUGUUCCAAAAGUGACAAUGGAUCUCUCUAAAAUUGCUGAAAAUGUCCGUGGGAUGGUUAUGAGAUAUGGUCCAAGGCUAUGGAAGUUGAGAGUUUUGCAAGCUGAAUUGAAAAUGACCAUUAGGCUCACCCCAACUGCUAAAUGUAUGCCUAUACGCUUGUAUCUUGCUAAUGAAAGUGGUUACUAUUUGGAUAUGAACUUAUACAAAGAAGUUACUGAUCCUGCUACUGGUCUGACAAAAUUUGAGGCAUGGGGUCACAAACAAGGUCCAUUACACGAUCUGCCAAUAUCUACCCCAUAUAUGACAAAAGAUUAUCUGCAACUAAAGCGUUUCCAAGCUCAGUCUAAUGGUACCACAUAUGUGUAUGAUUUCCCAGAUAUGUUUCAACAGUCAUUAAAUCGUUUAUGGGAGGAAUAUACCAUGGGUCGUCCAGAAAUGGAAGUUCCUACUCAGUUAUUGAAGCACACAGAGUUGGUUUUAGAUGCCGCUGGGAGUUUAGUAGAGAGGAAACGGCUACCAGGUGAAAAUGAUAUUGGAAUGGUAGCUUGGAAAAUGACAUUUAUUACACCUGAGUAUCCACAAGGGCGAGAUGCUAUAGUCAUAUGUAAUGAUAUUACGCAUUUAAUUGGAACUUUUGCACCUCAAGAAGAUUUGUUAUUUCUAAAAGCAUCUGAGAAAGCUCGGGAACUGGGCAUUCCUAGAUUGUAUAUUUCUGCAAAUAGUGGGGCGCGCAUUGGAUUAGCAGAAGAAAUAAAGCAUAUCUUUAAUGUAGCAUGGAUUGACCCUGAAAAUCCUGAUAAGGGUUACAAAUAUGUGUAUCUGACACCAGAAAAUUUUAAGAAAGUUAGUGCUAUGAAUUCAAUUCAUGCUGUUUUGAUAGAAGAUGAAGGUGAAUCUAGAUACAAAAUUACUGAUGUUAUUGGUAAGGAUGAAGGACUAGGUGUGAAGAACUUAAGGUGUGCUGGAAUGAUUGCUGGUGAAUCUUCUCAGGCUUAUAAAGAUAUCAUCACCAUAAGCAUGGUGACAUGCCGAGCAAUAGGAAUUGGAGCAUACCUUGUGAGACUUGGCCAAAGAGUUAUUCAGAUUGAAAAUUCUCAUAUCAUACUGACUGGAGCUGGUGCAUUAAACAAGCUUCUUGGUCGGGAAGUAUAUACAUCCAAUAACCAACUUGGAGGUGUUCAAAUCAUGCACAAUAAUGGGGUUUCUCAUGUUACUGCACCAGAUGAUCUUGAAGGAAUCUACAUAAUGCUGAAGUGGCUUUCUUAUAUGCCAAAAUGUCGAGGUGCAGAACUGCCUAUAAUGGAACCACUAGAUCCUGUAGACAGAGAUGUAAUUUUUAUCCCUACAAGACUUCCAUAUGAUCCAAGGUACUUAUUAGCUGGAAGGGAAAGUCCAAACCUUGCAGGUUUCUGGGAAGAUGGCUUCUUUGAUUAUGGAUCUUUCAUGGAAAUUAUGCAGCCAUGGGCGCAAACUGUAAUAUGUGGACGAGCACGUCUAGGAGGUAUACCUGUAGGUGUUAUAGCUGUAGAAACACGCACAGUAGAAAUUGAUAUUCCUGCUGAUCCUGCCAAUUUGGAUUCGGAAGCAAAGGUUAUUUCCCAAGCUGGCCAAGUAUGGUUCCCUGAUUCAGCAUAUAAAACUGCUCAAGCUAUAAAUGAUUUUAAUAAAGAAGAAUUGCCUUUGAUUGUGUUUGCUAAUUGGCGGGGGUUUUCUGGAGGCAUGAAAGCUUCUUGAUCAAAAAAUACCACAAAUUCUCAAUUGGAUUGAGAUCAAGUGACUGCAGCAGAGUGUUCAAGCUUUGGGGAACUUUAUGUAAGAGGAAUUGUUGUGUUGUCAUCUUUAAUACAACUUUGACGUGAUUUUAAAUCUCACAAUAUUUCUGCACAUUUUCUGGCAUUUAAAAUUCCCUCAAUUAUAGUCGAAUUACCAGUUCCAUUUUAGCUAUAUUACAUACCAUAACAUUUCUACCACCAUGUAUUACAGUUGGACAUAGCAUUUUUAUGAUUUAGAGCCGUUUUAUUUUUUCUCAAAGCAGUUUUAUUGCCAU